AUGUCAAAACAUAUUCCUCCACCUGGUGCCAGAAGCAUCAAUGAGAUCCUUGCCGAGGCACGCACUCACCUCACUCGCGUAACUCCGGCCCAGCUUCUUACAGAAUUGCAAUCAUCCUCAUCUCAUGGCCCAACCCACAUUGUGGACAUCCGACCAGCCGCCCAGCGGGAGCGAGAGGGCGCCUUGAACUUCCCCGACGCGCCGCUAUUCGACGCAUCUACCACUAAGCAUACCAUUAACAUUAUUGAGCGCAACGUGCUGGAGUGGCGCCUAGAUCCGCAAAACGAGGCCCGGAUCAAGGAGAUUGUGGACGAGUUUGGAUACGACACGCGGGUCAUUGUGUCGUGUUCAGAGGGCUACACAAGUUCGCUAGCAGCGAGGGAACUGCAAAAGCUGGGAUUAUCGCGAGCAACGGAUUUGGAAGGUGGGUAUUGGGCUUGGAAGCGGUAUUUGGAUGACAGACAAGCACCUUAG